UGCUGCGUGCGCAGCUCUCGGGGCUUGCUCGCUCUCUAUGGUGCGGUCGCCAUCGUUGAGAGAGCGGCGGGUAGGGAAUAUGGCGGUGGAGUCUAGAGUCACCCAGGAGGAGAUCAAGAAAGAGCCAGAGAAGCCGGUGGAUCGCGAAAAGACAUGCCCUCUUCUGUUGAGAGUGUUCACAACUAACAAUGGAAGGCAUCACAGAGUCGAUGAUUUUGCUAGAGGAAAUGUCCCAUCUAGUGAGCUACAGAUCUAUACUUGGAUGGAUGCUACACUGAAAGAACUAACAAGCUUAGUAAAAGAAGUCUAUCCAGAGGCCCGCAAAAAAGGAACACAUUUCAGCUUUGCAAUUGUGUAUCCAGAUCCGAAACGACCUGGCUACAGAGUGAAGGAAAUUGGUACGACUGUUUCAGGGAGGAAAGGACCAGAUGACUCGAUGACGUUACAAUCGCAGAAAUUUCAAAUUGGGGACUACCUGGACAUUGCAAUAACGCCACCUAGUAGAGCACCGCCCCCACCUGGCCGCAUGAGACCAUAUUAAUGUUCCUUCCUUACCCUCUUUGGGCAGCUGUGGCUGUAAUUUGGUGGCCCUGUACUAUGUAACCAAGAAUGUUCGCAUGUUUCAUUGUAUUUUGUUCCUAAACAAGAUAAUUUUUGAGAAAUAAUUUUGACUGACUGCAGAUGUGGGCAAGUAUCUGUGCAUUCUAGCUGCAAAGUUUUUGAUUUUGUUCAGAUUGUUUGCAAUCUUUUAAUAAAAGUGUGCCUUCAUUUCAUUGUUUUUGUCUCUAGAAUGUGCGCAUAGAAUUUGUCUGAACUUUAACGCAAUCUGGGUAAUGUUAAAAAUUAGAUGUCACAAUUUUCAUAGUUUAUGAUCCUCUUCUCAACACCCUGAGCCAAGUUGUACUUCAGUUCACAACAAUGUAACUCUACAGGUGUAAAUCAGCUAGUAUGUUCACGGUUUUAAAAGAUUUACAAUAAACUGCUGUUUACUCAGAA